AUGGGGUGCUGCGAGUCGUCUUUUAUACAUGCACAUCAACACCAGCACCACCACCUGGACACCUUUAGCUCCACUGCCACCACCAACCGUACUCCUCAACCGUCCAACGGUCGAGCCGAUGCCGCCAGAGUAGGAGCAGUGCCUGGAUUCUCGGAAUUCUCGCUGGCUGACUUGAAAGGCGCCACAAAUAACUUCAGCUCUGACUUUAUCGUCUCCGAGAGCCCUUGGGGCGUUAGGAAGCCGAGGCACAAAAGGCUUGCCAAUUUGAUAGGGCAUUGUUGCGAUGGCGACGAGAGGAUGCAGGUGGCGGAGUACAUGCCUAAUGAUACCCUUGCCAAACAUCUCUUCCACUGGGAGAAUCAAACCAUUGAGUGGGGUCUACGACUAAGAGUUGCUCUGAACAUUGCUGAAGUAUUGGAUAACUACAGUAGUGAAGAUCGCCCAUUGUACCAUGAUUUAAAUGCAUGUAGGGUUCUCUCUGAUGAGAAUGGCGAUCCUCGGCCUUCAUGUUUUGGAUUGAUGAACAACAGCAAGGAUGGAAAAAGUUACAGCACCAAUCUUGCAUACACACCUCCUGAAUAUCUAAGAAAUGGAAGGGUGACUCCAGAAACUGUUACACUCAGCUUUGGGACUGUCUUUUUGGAUCUGCUCAGUGGAAAACACAUCCCUCCCAGUCAUGUAAGUAUUUACCGUGCCAUGCACUUGUUCUCCAAUUGUCGGCCGGUCCAAGGAGGAAGCCAGAAGCUUCUUGAUCAAACGGUUGCCACAGUGGAUGCCAUCACGGCCAUCAGUUCUCCACCCUCGGAUUUCUCAGCCGUCGAGAACGUCUUGGAUAUCGACGCUGACUGCUGCGAAGGGAUUGUUCAAAAAAUGAAGGGUUUAGAUUUAGGUGCAGAUUGUACAGGCAGGAAAAGGAAGGCACAGUUACAACCAUAA